AUGAACGUGGCAGAUUGCUCGGUGGGCAAUAACCCGCUAGCACAAGUUAGCAAGCAUACGCAGCAGGAUAGAUCUUUACAACAUGGAUCUCACCGCCUGGGUUAUGGUAUUGACGGUGGUUCAGCAGCUCAGCAGUUCAAAAGCUCUGAGAAAGCGAUGUCGGAUGUCAGCAAAUUCAGCAUGACGAAUUUCAUAAACGGUGGCGCCGUAGCAGGCGGCUCAGGAUUGAAGUUGGGACAAUCUCCGAUCAGUCGGAAUGUGGGCAUCAGUAGAGGCAAUAAUUUCUCUCCUUCUCCAGAGGAGACGGGUGCCUUGAUAAGCGGAACGAAUGGAUGGUCUCAGGAGUUCUAUCAGCAAUCGAAUUCAUCUUCGAGGGGUUCACUCCCCCAGCAGCAGAGUCAUAAUCAAAGACACAGCCAACAAACGCCACAUCAGCAGCAUCGCAUGCAAUUACCGUAUAGUACACAUAUGCUCUCUGGGCCCCGUAUGAUGGUGCGUCCGUCGCCUGGAGCUGGUAUGAUGAGACAACGGCAGCAUGAAAACACGAAGGCUGAUUGGGACGAGCAGUUCAAAGAACUGGAGACGGAAGUGGCAGAGAAUUUAAAGCUUAAGGAAUCAGAGCCUGUGGGACAGGAAGCAGCCGCAAAGGAGCCAGGACUGGACGAAGACAUAGUUAUCGGGGACCAAUAUCAGAGUGAGUUUCAAGAAGUUUGGGACAGCCUGCAGAAGGACUCGGAGGAUCUACUACCAGAGGAGCUGACUGGUAGCUCAGCCUGGGAAGCGGACUAUCAAAAGUACAUCAGUGGGAGAAUCAGCGGUAACAUGGAGUAUCAAUUCGAUGAGAAGAACGAGUUUUUGCAUAACCCAAACGCGUACGAGAUCGGAUGCAUUCUGAUGGAGAACGGUGCCAAACUGAGUGAAGCAGCGUUGGCAUUUGAAGCUGCAGUGCAAGAGGACCGAGGGCAUGUGGACGCGUGGUUGAAGCUAGGUGAAGUGCAAACGCAAAACGAAAAGGAGAUCAACGGAAUAUGCGCCCUGGAGGAAUGUCUGAAACUUGAUCCCAACAACUUGGAAGCGAUGAAAACAUUGGCGAUCAGCUACAUCAAUGAGGGCUAUGAUGUGAGUGCAUUCACAAUGUUGAAUAGAUGGGCAGAGACAAGAUAUCCCAACCUGUUGAGCUCCAGCGAGGGCAUCACCCUGAGCGACGAGGAUGAACGUUUCACAUUGAACGCCAAGAUUCGAAAGCAAUUCCUGCAAAUUGCCAACAGAUUGCCCCGUGUCGACCCGGACGUACAGCUGUGUCUCGGUCUUCUAUUCUACGCGGACGACGAAUUCGACAAGACCAUUGAUUGUUUCAGAGCAGCUCUAAGUGUAAAUCCCAAUGAUGAGCUGAUGUGGAACCGAUUAGGUGCAUCGUUAGCCAACUCAAACCGAUCCGAAGAAGCCAUUCAGGCCUAUCACAAGGCAUUACAACUACGACCCUCUUUCGUUAGAGCGCGUUACAACCUGGCCGUCUCAUCCAUAAAUAUAGGGUGCUACAAAGAAGCUGCAGAGUAUCUUCUCUCUGCUUUGAAGAUGCAUGAGGUUGAAGGAGCUCCAUCGAAUGGAACCGCUGCUGCAGGCAAUAACAACAUACUAGAAACGUUGAAGAGGGCAUUUGUUGCGAUGGACAGGCGGGAUUUGCUCCAGAAGGUAAAACCGGGAAUGGACUUAGAACAGUUCCGUGGUGAAUUCAACUUCUAA